AUGAAGUUGAAACCAUUUUUUUGCAGAAUAUGAAGCUCAAACAGCUCAAUGAAGUUGAAACCAUAGCUCUCAUUUAUUGCUAAAUGCCGAAAACACGCUCCUGUCAUAAAAACCUUCUUUUUAUUUCCUAUUUCAAUUUUGGAUGUAGCUCAAACUGAUUUUAAAAUCAUUUUCUUCUUGCUGCAAUUAACCAUGUACAUGCUCUAUCUUCACAACUUCAGUUCCUUCCCACAAUUUUUUCUUAAGCUUCUUAUUAUUGCAAGUCUACUUUGUGGUUCUGUAGUUCAUGUGGGGUGUUUGAAUUUCAGCUAUCCAACUUUCUACUAUGAAAACGGGACAGAUUUCAAUAGGUCUACAAAUUCAAUCAUAGAGAAGGGUACAAUUAAAAUCCCCAUAGAAGGUUCAGGAUCAGAGAUCUCAAACCUUUCUGGUAGGGUCUUCUAUAGUGAACGGUUGAAGCUAAGGGACACUCAAAGGCGCAUGAAAGCCUCAUUCAAUUCUUCUUUUGUUUUCAAUAUUGAUCCUUUAACCACUCCUGGUGGCGAGGGAUUUGCUUUCAUAUUGACAGAUGAUACCUCUCUUCAACUUAACAGUGGAGGCCAAUGGCUUGGUAUUGUCAACCCAACAAGCAUAGGGGUUUCUGACAUAGUUGCAGUGGAGUUCGAUACUAGGAAAAGCUACACUGAAGAUGUUGAUGACAACCAUGUUGGGGUGGAUGUUAAGAGCAUCUAUUCCAUCAAUCAAGAACCUCUUGGACCACACGGUGUUAAUCUCUCUAGUGGAAUUGAUGUUUUUGCUACUGUUUACUUUGAUGCUGAAGGUGGGAAUAUGAUGAUUUCUGUUUCUCCAUCAGAUUUUAUGUUGAGGACACCACCAGUGCUUGAGGUGCAUCUUGAUCUCUCUAAACUUCUUCCAGAAGAUGUUUUUGUGGGAUUUUCAGCUUCCACAGGGGUAUAUACUCAGAUCAACACAAUACGAUCAUGGUAUUUCUCUAGCAUGGAGCAUAUUGACAUCGAUCCCAUAAGUCAAGUACGGUUAUGGAUAUGGAUUCCAAUAAUUGUGGUUGGAGGAGUAUGUGGGCUUGCUGGUGCAUUGUAUUGGAGAAAAAAACGCAGAAAGAGACAACGGACUGAAGAAGAUCUGAACAUAGAGCUUGAAAUUAAAAGCUCAUCUAAUGCUCCACAUAAGUUUCAUCUGAAGGAGAUUCUGUCUGCCACAAAGAACUUCCACCCUUCAAACAAGCUCGGGAAAGGAGGGUUCGGGAUGGUUUAUAGAGGCACUUUAAACGGAAAAGAUGUUGCUGUGAAGAGGAUUUCAAAGAACACACGUCAUGGUAAGCAAGACUUUAUAGCAGAGAUCAGAACCAUAGGGAAUCUGAAUCAUAAAAAUCUGGUGAAGCUAAUAGGAUGGUGCUAUGAGAAGGGUGAGAUCCUCCUUGUGUAUGAUCUAAUGCAAAAUGGUAGCUUAGACAGAUUCAUAUUUUCAACAACAGGAGGGGAUUCAAGUCUGAGUUGGGAAAGGAGGCUUAGUGUGAUAUGUGGGGUUUCAAGGGCUCUGGAAUAUCUUCACAAUGGAUGUGAUAAAAGAGUGCUCCACAGAGACAUAAAACCAAGCAAUGUGAUGUUGGAUUCGGACUUCAAUGCUCGGCUUGGAGAUUUUGGCUUGGCUCGCACCAUCAAUCUCAGUGAAGAAACUCACCACUCAACAAAAGAAAUUGCUGGAACAUUAGGGUACAUGGCACCAGAAAGCUUCCACACGCGGAGGGCAUCUGUUGAAACUGAUGUGUAUGCAUUUGGGGUUCUGGUUCUGGAAGUUGUGUGUGGAGGAAGAAAUGUUGAACACAAACAGAAUGUGAGCAUUUUGGAGUGGGUUUGGGAGCUUCAUGGCAGAGAAAACAUAACUGAGGCUGUGGAUUUGAGUCUGAAGGGUGAUUUUGAUAAGGUUGAAGCCAAGUGUGUGCUUGAGUUGGGGCUAGCAUGCUGCCAUCCUAACCCGUGUGAGAGGCCAUCAAUGAGAACUGUGUUGCAGGUUCUAACGGGGGAAGCACCUCCACCUUCUGUACCAUUUCAGAAACCUGCUUUCACAUGGCCUGCCACUGCUCCUCUUCUCAACAACCACUUCAAUUCUCAGGUUACAGUCUCCCAAAAUGAACCAAUAACUGAAAUAACUAGUGGAAGAUGAUGGAUCAUUCUGUUUCAAAAUGCCUUUUUUUCUUUUAUCUAAAUGAAAAUGGGUUAUUAUUCAUCAAAGGAGUUCGCCAGAACACCUAGAUUUAUGGUUGAUUGAAAGUGAUGAUUUUAACAAAUUUCGUUACGAGACGCUUAUAUAAGUUUCAACGUACUCCUUGCUUUUAGGACUUUUAAUACUCAUACUCCUUUGUAUUAUUAGACUUGAUAUGUUCAAAUACA